CAUUAUUUGCCACAAGAAAAAUACGGUUUCAAAGUACAGCUCAGGUAUUUCAAGUUAGGAAAAGUUCAAAAUCAGUGGCUACUCAUUUACCAAUCUUUGUAUUUGUUACGUUUAUAGAUGGCAGAACUAGCCAGUUCAUCAGGAGGAGGAGAUGAACAACCACAAAUGGACCAGGAGCUCCCAACGGCAGCCACAUCCGGUGAUUUCACAUCAGAUAGUUCAACGGGAGGAGGACACGAACAUCUACAGAUGGACCAGCGGCUCUUGACAGCGGCCGCAUCCGGUGAUUCCACGUCAAUGAAGGAGAUGGCCUCGCAAGAUCCAAGCAUUCUUCUUGGAACAAUUCCAGCUGGGAACAUCUGCCUUCACAUAUCCUCCAUCCAUGGCCACCAGGCAUUUUGUACUGAUGUGGUGGAACUGGAGGAGUCUCUCCUCGCCGCUUUAAACUUGGAAGGGGAGACACCACUUCUCACCGCAGUGACUAGUGGCCACGUCUCCCUGGCUUCCGUUCUACUCCAAUGCUACCGUGCACCGGGAUUGAGCGAGUCAAUCUUGGAGCAAGACAUCCGUGGUUGUAAUGCACUGCACCAUGCCAUUCGCAAUGGCCACAGGGAGCUUGCCCUAAAGCUUAUAGAAGCAAAACCCGCCCUGUCGACACAUGUGAACAUUUGGAGCGAGUCACCCAUGUACAUCGCGGCGUUGAGGGAUUUUCUUGAUGUUUCAGAGAAAUUACUUGAAAUUCCUGAUUCUGCUCAUACAGGACCAUGCGGCUACAAUACUCUGCGGGCUGCCGUGAGAAAUGGAAACCCAGUUUUGGCUAAAAGAAUUAUGGAAACACGUCCUUGGCUGGCCAGAGAAGCUGACAAUGAUGGGCAUACUCCACUAAGUGCAGCUGUAUGUUAUGACCAGAUUGGCGUGCUACGAGUAUUGCUGGAGCAUGAUUGCUCUUUAGGGUAUGAGUUGCCACGUGAUGGUUCCCCUCUCCUUAGUGAAGCUGCAAUUGGAGGCCAUAUCGAUGCUGCUAAAGAGCUUCCUAACCACUGUCCCGAUGCUCCUAACCGUGCAACAAAAGGUCUGUGUUGGACAUCCCUUCAUACAGCUGUAUGGUAUGAUCAAGUAGAGUUUGCCGAAUUCAUUAUGAGGACCUCACAAUUACGCAAGCUCGUCAACAUGCAAGACAUGGACGGGAGAACUACUCUACAUGGCGUGUGUGUGUGUGUGUGUGUGUGUGUGUGUGUGGGCGCGCGCGUGUGUUGUGUUGGGAAUAAUCUUGAGUCGGUGUUAAGUCUAAUUAGAAAUUAGUUCUAGUUAUAUCUAAGUCUGUACAUGAUCUGGCUCCUGGCCAGAGUAUUAGUCUGGUUGGUAUUCAAGUGUAGGACGGUGAUAGUGGUCGUUUGAUGGUCUUGGGAUCUCAAUGUAAUUUUUAUUAUGUUUGAGAUGGUUUAUACUUACCGAGAAUUUUGAUAAUAGAUCUUAAUCAUUUUCGCAAAAAAAGUCUAGGGCAUUGUUUUCAAGUUGUAUACGGUGCUUAGAUGUCUUGGUUAAGUUGACUUCGGCUUGAUUAGUAGGUUUAGGUGGUCUAGCUAGGUGGGCUGCUUAUGUAUAUAAACACAGCUAGCUUGGUUAAGUUAACUUUUUCAGCGUGUGUGCUCAUCUACUUUUAUGUAAUCGAUCCAUUGGCGAAUGUCCAACAUG